CGGCGGCGCCGGGCGGAGCGGCUGCCGGGCAGGCCCCGCACCGGGUAAACACACCGGGUGAGCGCCGGGAGGCCCGCGGCCCCUCAGUGCGGCCAAGGGGAACUAAACCGAAGGAGUGACCAAAACCUGAACGUUGCUCCGUUAACUCGAAAAUUGGUAUCAUCUUCCACACCCCAUCGUGUGCUAAUGAAUGAUACAGGAUGCUGUUUCCUUUGGUAUUGUGUGCAGUUAUGCUGAUAGGGAGCUGUAAAGUUCAAGAAGAUGAAUGGAUUGACCCCACGGAUAUGCUCAAUUAUGAUGCAGCAUCAGGAACAAUGAGAAGACCUUACAAGCCAAGCUAUCAUGACUCUGAGGAAAAGGCUGUGGAUGAUUCAGUCAGUACUGAAAUCUCAAGUUGUUCCAGGGUAAUAGAUUCUUUGCAACACAAGAUUGCAGAGUGUGAGAAGAGGAAUGCCAAAUCACAUGAGAGCCGUAGCUUUUAUAUUUUUAAGCGAUACUUGAAUAAGAUUUUAAAUGAAGCUGGAAAACUUGGCCUUCCUGAGGAAAAUGUGGACCAUGUCCAUUAUGAUGCAGAGAUCAUUCUUACAAGACAGACCUAUUUGGAGAUCCUCAGGUUUGUCAAUGAGGAAGCCUGGCAGCCAGGUGCCCUGGAUGAGGCACUGAGUGAUAUUUUGAUCAAUUUUAAACACCAUGAUGAUCAAGCUUGGCAGUGGAGAUUUGAAGAUGCCUUUGGAAUUGAUCUAUAUAAUUUGUUUUUGCUGCUCUUGUGCUUGGUGUGCAUUGUAACUGUAAUAACUACAGAACUCUGGACACGUGUUCUUUGGUUGGUUCAGCUAAAACGUUUUAUAUUAUUAAAUUUUUUCAUCAGCUUUGGAUGGAAUUGGCUUUACUUGUUUAAGAUGGCCUUUGCCCAGCACCAGGCAGAGAUCGCCAAGAUGGGGCAGUUCGAUGAUGUGUGUGCAGAGAAGCUGGACUGGCAGGGAAGUCUCUUUGAAUGGCUUAGAACUGUAUGGACAUUCCGGGAUGAUCCUUGUCAGAAGUAUUAUGAAACUCUGCUCGUAAAUCCUGUUUUGCUGGUUCCACCAACAAAGGCCUUGGCAAUAACUUUCACCCACUUUGUAACUGAGCCCUUGAAGCAUGUAGGACAGGGUAUUGGUGAAUUCAUCAAGGCACUUAUGAAGGAGAUGCCGGUAAUUCUGCAGGUUCCAGUGCUCAUUAUCAUGGCUCUGUCUGUCCUGGUAUUCUGCUAUGGUGCAGGAUCAUCAGUGUCUGCAUUAAGAUACUUAAUGUCUUCUCAGAAGAAAAGUCUUCCUCCGCCUGCCAGUGAGCAGGAGCAAAUAGGCUUUAGGCAGUAUGAUGGCAGAACAGUAGAAGAGUAUUAUGUGCAGAGGCAUCAGUAUGUCCCCAGAGGCCACCAGGACAGAGGGGAUGCUUCCAUGAGGCCUCUCCCCACGGUGAGAGCGAGCAAUGGCAGCAGGAGCCCAGAGACGGCGCACACCAGAGACGAGCCGGAAGCACAGAACAGGUUGUGCACUGAAGCUGAAGUUCAUCGACCUGAAACUCUCAAAGCUGAAAACUUUACUGAAGAAGCUGCACUUAAGCAGCAAAAACAGGAGACAGAAAAAGCAGAGGGAGAAACUGGAGAAAACUGUGACCCUAAUAAAAACUUAAAAGGGAAAAGUUCUGCUGUGGAACCAUGUGAAGAGAAGAAAGAGAAUGUUUUACAUGACUCUCAGGAAAAAGACUAAGGAAGACCCAGGCUCUGCUGUGGAGUAGAGGAUGUUGCCACUGAAGCAGCUGAGAGUCUGUUUUUCUCCUGGAAGCAGCACCGCUGAUCAUCCAUCCUGUUACUCUGGAACCGACUCAGCAGAUCAAAGAACCCUUCGUCUGCCAUUGUCUCACGACUGCUUUUCUGCAAAGGAGAAGAGAUUGAGGAUGCUUGAUCUUAGAGUACCUACAGCUAGGAAAACUCCAUCAGUUUCAGUCCAGUGAUACGUUUGAUAUUUACGUAUCUGAAAUUAUUAAAUGAUUUUUUUUUUUUAGUCAACCAUUUCUCUAGCCAGAGGUCUAUCAUAGGAGGAGAUGCUACUGCUAGGGCAGCAUUUUGGAGAGUGAAAUACAGAAAUGUUUCAUUCUCUGAAAGGGAAAGAAACAGUGCUCUGAUCAUGAUACAAUGGGAGUUAUUCCUCCUCAGCCAUUCAUCCAACAAAACCCCAAAUACCCAGGAAAGGAAAAAAAAAACCAGCAGCAAUGAACAGUUGCCAUUGUCUCCUCACGUCUAUGACCAAAUGACUUAGUUCUUUUAUUCUGCACUGACUUCUCUCAAGAGUGUAAUAACCUAAAAAGUAUGUCCAAAAUAUCUCCCACUGCCUGAAUCAGAAAAACUAGAUUUUGUUAACUUUGGAGAAGUGGGGUCUAGAAGAGACUUAAAUAAAAUUUAUUUGGUGAGCUCUAACUUAAAAAUCCACCAUAAAUAAAAUGUUUCAGCAGUA